AUGUUGGGCCCUAAGAUGUUUUACUCACUAGUUUUUGCUUUGUCCGUCGCAGCUAUUAAUAUAGACUCAUCGCCUGGCGACCCCGAUUUCUACAAUACCGUCGCUGAGAUUUACUCCGGGCCGGACUGCGGCACGGAAAGCUUCGUUUGGGCGGAUCCAAUUUUUGGGCGCGGCGGGAGGUGUCAGCCACUAGAUAGGAAUGACAAUACCCCUGACAUCCUAAGCUACAAGCCGACUACUAUUUACCCCGACUGCAACGUUACUCUCUACACGGAUUCCGAGUGCCAGAGCACCGCAUAUUUGGUGGAGGUUGACCAGUGUGUUCAAGCGGGUAUUCCAUUCGUUAGCGCCUUCGUCCAGUGUCCAUUCUCCGACACUCUUGCUUAG